AUGAAGGACCCUGGGAGCUUCCAAAUCCCCUGCAUUAUAGGGGAUAUCAACAUUGUAAAGGCAUUAUGUGAUCUGGGAGCUAGCAUCAACCUUAUGUCCUUGGCCAUGAUGAAGAGAAUGAGGAUUGAAGAGGCCAAACCAAUAAGAAUGGCUCUUCAAUUUGCUGAUAGAACAUUCAAGUUCCCUCAUGGAGUAGUGGAGGACUUGUUGGUUAAAGUGGGAGAGUUCAUCUUCCCAGCUAAUUUUGUUGUACUUGAUAUGGAGGAAGAGGCUAACACAUCAAUCAUUCUAGGAAGACCAUUUCUAGCUACUGCUGGAGCUAUAAUUGAUGUUCAUAAAAGAGAGUUAGACUUGAGACUGCAUGAAAAGAAGAUGGUCUUCAAUGUCUUCAAAGCAAUGAGCUACCCCAAGGAAUCCAUUAGUGAAUGCAUGAUGGUGGACACAAUGGAAAAGCUAGUUCAAGAAGUUUUAGAAGAAGAACAAUGUGAAGAAAUAAUGGAGCAAGAUCAAUAA